UCUCUUCCUGUUUGCGAGCAGGUGCCAGAAACCGGAAAGGUAAAAGGCACGACGGUCGCCACUCGAAUUUCGCAUUUCAGACGGAAGUGGAACAUGUCACCGUGGUUUCGCUUCCGCUUCGUCUUCCUCCUCUUUUUCUUCGCGGCGCGUCCUCACGGCGGCAAUGCGGACUCGGGCUGCGCGGACACUUUCCGAUCCGGCCACGAGGACUUUGUGGUUGACGUAGAGGACGCCGUGAAGGAGGGCGCGGUUCUUUUAGCCGUCGUGCACGCGCUCUCCAUGCCUGAGUGUCAAGACGUCUGCUGCGCGCUCGCGCGAUGCAACUUCGCGCAAGCUGAUGUCAACCUGACGUGCGCGCUCUUCGACUGCGCGCCCAGAAACAAGUUCGUGUGCCGCUUCGUCCCCCGGCGCGGGUACCGAAGCGUCAUCAGGGACUUCGAGUUUCGGAAAUACCUGCAGGGCCCACUGGAGACAGAUGAACCGGCGCCACCCAUUGCCAUCGCGGGUCAGGACGUCGUGGUGCAACCCGGCGCCACCAUCACGCUGGACGGCAUCCAGAGUUUGGCCAUCGGUGACGCCCACCUCAAACGCCACGUCUGGACGCUUCAGAACGGCGACCCUGGCGUCGUCAUGGAGAAGACGGCGUUGCCCGAGCAGGUGCAAGUGUCCAACCUGAAGGCGGGACUCUACAACUUCCGCCUCACCGUCACCGACUCCAACGAGCGCUCCCACCACGCCGACGUCCAAGUCCUCGUCCUGAGUUCCGAGUUGUCCACCAGUUACUGCUUGGCGAAGGCCAAAGUGGGGCCGUGUCGCGCCGCCUUUCCUCGUUGGCGUUACAACGCCGCCGAGCGCCAAUGUCAGCAGUUCAUCUUUGGAGGAUGUAAAGGGAACCUCAACAACUUUCUCUCCCAAGACGAGUGCGUCAUGGCCUGCGACGGAGUCGAUGCGACGUCAUCAGAGCUCCAGCGCAUCGCUCUGCCGGCUGGUGAGGUGUGCGGUUCUCCGUGUCUUCCCGACCAGCUGAGUUGCGGCGGCCUCUGUUGCUUGGACACCAGCUUGGAGUGUGACGGGGUCACACAAUGCAGCAACUCCGCCGACGAGAAGCAAUGCGGCAAAAUCAAUGAGACGUUCUCUCGUCUUCUGGAGAUCGACAUCAACCAGCGGAAAGCACGCUGCACAGAGCCCCCCCAAACGGGCCCGUGCCGCGCCAGCCACACGCGCUGGUAUUACGACCCGCUCAGCACCCACUGCCAGCGCUUCACUUACGGCGGUUGCCAUGGAAACGAAAACAACUUUGCCGAGGAGACUCAAUGCGACGCAUCAUGCCACGGCGUCACCGAGCACGACGUGUUUGCCAAAGGGAUGUUUGAACGCUUUGAGGACCCGGACGCGGAAAAGGAAGAAAGCGGCUCGGGUUCCGUGGCGGUGGCGGUGAUCUUGACGGUGGCCAUUUUGGCGUUGCUGGCCGUCCUGGGCUACUGCUUCAUGAAGAAGCGCAAGGAGCGCUCGGUUGCCCGCACGGAGGCCGUAGUCGCCCGACAGGUGCGGGCGUCGGAGCAGGACACGCUCGUGUAUAACAGCACCACCGAACCUUUGGAAACCCCUCGACAACAGCUGGCCAAUACGGACAAAAUUUGACAUCCUGACAUCCUUCGGUUGAUGAGCUCACGGCGGGGGGAGGAGUCAGUGACCAGGCCAAAAAGGAAGGUAAAGCAACAAGUGAGUUUUGCCAGAUUGGUCCGCUCAGCGUCCGGGGUGUGUCUCUCAUUCCGUUGAGUAUGUCCAGUGACAAGCUUUCAGUCAGGAUGUGUAUGGCGAGCUGCUUUGCUCGACACAUUUUCAGCCGUUGAUGGAUGCCAGUGGGACUGCUCAAGCCGUGCUUAAAGGAGUGACAAAAUGUUUUAAUUCAAAUGUAAUAAAAUUAACACAAAUAAAUGCUGUUCGAAAUAUCUGGUGGCACAAGUGCAGUGAAGAGGAUUCAAAUAAAAACGUGUGCUCUUUUAA